AUGGAGGAGGCUAAAAAUAUGGCGCUGCUCUUUUUUAUGGAUCAUUUGAUGCAGAAGAAUGGCAGAAGGACUAUUCAUGAUUUGAGUUGUCAAUUUGGAGCAAGAGGGUAGGUGUUUUUGAAAAUUUUGCCACGUGGCAUUCUUGAGCUCUCGAUCACUGUAUCUCAUAAUUUGUGAGGAAAAUGAUAGAUCAAAAUUUGGGUUCCAAUUUUUCACGUGAAAAUUUUUUAAAGCUUUCGAUUACUGUAGCUCAAGAACUCAUUCCUAAAAAAUGGUAGAUCAAAAUUUUCGCUCUGAAUUCGCCACGUGGAUUUUCGUGGACCAAAAUACUGUAGCUCAAAAUUUAGUUCAAAAUGGGAGAUCAAAACUUUGGGUCCAGAUUUGCCACGUGGAUUUUCUAGGAAAAAAUACUGUAGCUCAAAAUUAUGUUCCGAAAUGGUACAUUAAAUUUUGCCACGUGGAUUUUCAAAGACCAAAAUGCUGUAGCUAGAAACAAUUUCCAAAAGAAUGUAUCAAAUUUUUGCCACGUGGAACCUGUUAGAUAAAAAAAUAAGUUCCAAAAAUAUUGUCAAGCUUCAUCCAAUCCUAAAUUUCUCUUCUCAGAUUUUCGGAAGAAAUGAGAAAUGCAGUCGGAACAACACAAGAAGGUCUAACCGAAUUCCUUCAAGGACAUCCCUCUUUAUUCACAGUCGAAGGUGAUCAAGUUAUCCUAAAUGGUCACAAUGAUUUGAACGCCAAAAACAAUCCACUCCUGCAAUCCGGCGUCCGAACUCGAAACUAUGAAAAAGAGGCUGUCGAUUUUUUCGUGACCAAACUCACCAAAUUCGGUCCCGAACUCCAAAUCAAAUCUUUAUUGGGACAUCGUUCCCAAGCUGCGCCAGAAGUUCGUCUCGUUUCUGGUCGACAUUUAAAAGAGUUUUGUGAAUUCCUGUCAUCUCAAGUCGAUUAUUUUGUUGUUGAAGCGGAUCGAGUUCGUCUGAAAAAUAUGCCUGAACCGGAUGAGAAUUCGAUUGAAAUGGAUGACGAGGGAAAACCAUUGGCUGGAGUGAAAGCGAAACAGGCGGCUGUUGAAUAUUUGAAAAGUGUUCUAGAGCAAAAUGAAGAUCAGCCAAUUCCUCUGGAUUCGUUUUAUCAGAAUUUUUGUCAGCGGUUUUCGCAUACAAUUCGACAGGAUGUGGCGACGAAUCCGAAGGAACUUUUGCAAUUUUUGAAAUUGAAUCGCGGAUUGUUUUUUAUUCGCAGUAAUAAGGUGAGUGUUUAGAAUUUUUUUUGGAAAAUUGAUUUUUAGAUUUUCUAAUUCUCCAGGUGUCUCUCGUAAAAAAUCGACCAAAUGAAGAAGGUUCUGAAAAUGGUUCUGAUGAAGGAGAUGAAAGUAAUAACAAUGGAAUGUUUCCCCUCGAUCAAAAUGCUCUUUCACGAAUUCAUUUCGUAAAAGCCUUGAAACCAGCUCAAGAUCUCAUUCAAAAACUUUGGCAAGAUAUCAACAGUCAAGAGAAGAAAGUUGUGGGACUUGAUUUGAAAACUGUUAUGGUUGGGGUUGAUGGAGAGAUCUUUUUGUCACUUGGAGUUAUCGCAACUACAAGCCAAAUCGGGAUUUUCGACUUGGCUUCUAGUGAUGUCAUUAUUCUUGAGAGUGGUUUUAAGAAUAUUUUGGAAAGUGAAAAAGUUGUGAAAGUUAUUCAUGAUGCGAGAAGAGUUGCAUCACUUAUGGCUCACAAAUAUGCGGUUCAUAUGAGAAAUGUUUUCGAUACUCAAGUGGCACAUUCAUUAUUGCAACAUGAUAAAUUCGGGAAACCUUUGCAUGAGAUGCGACCAAUUUCAUUUAUGAAUUUGCAAAGGGUUUAUUAUCCACAGUCUUUUAUGUUGAGCGAUGUGACACCGAGGAAAAUGAGCCAAUGUCCGAAGUGAGUUUGGGAGAUGCGGGAGAGAGGAGGGUCUGGAUUCUGAAUCCAAGUUGUAUUCUCAUCGUUUUCAGAAAAUCAGCUAUGAAGUUGCAAAGUUACUGUAGAUAUUGGUGCCAAAAAUUCUAGAUUACUGUAGAUCAAAAUUUUUCGUUUAUUUUUAAAAUGAGAAAUGUACGAUGUCACGUGGAAAUUCUGAUUUACAAAACGUGAAUAAAAAUUUUCCAAAAUUUUCCAGCUGGGGAGUUCGACCAAUCACCGAAGAAUUCCAACUAACAAUCGUCGAAGAAGCUCACUGCCUUUUAUUCGCUCUUUAUCAAACACUUUCCAAUCUGAUUCCAGUACAUUUACGCGGUCUUUUUGAAGACAAAUGUAUUGAGGUAAACCAUCCAGAGGUUCGCUUUUUGUGUUUUUCUUCAGUUUUUUCUGUUCUGUUCUAUCUUGUGGUUUUGUUCUUUUUAUUUGCACGGGGAAUUUUUCAGCAACAAAUUCUGAAAUUAAAUUAUUUUGAGAAAAGUGCAACCAGGUGUUGUUAUUUUCAUUAUCAAAAUAUAUUUAGAUUUUUUUUCGAAGAAAGGGAACUGAAAUUUUCAGAAAAAAUGCACUUUUUAAUUUUUCUAUUUAUCAGUUAUGUUUCGGUUCAGUUGAAUGUUGUAAAUCUAUCGCUAAACUUUUUUGGUUCGGGGGAAAGCAUGAAAUAUUCAGGACUGGAAAUUUUCGAGUUAUGACGUGAGAUCGUUUUUUAAACUAUAGCAUGAAACAAAAGCAAAAAUUCCACAUCAUAACUUUUCCAGAAUUCGAAAUUUUCAAAUUGCAAAAUUUUUCAAACGUUUUGAAUAAUUCAAAACAAAAAAAGAAAAUCUCCAGAAUUUCAGAAUUUCAGAAUUCCAAUUCAGAACAAGACCUUCCACAAUUAUAGAACAGACCCCCAUGUCUAUUCUCUAAACCUUUCAAUUAUUUACAGGUCCUUCUGGCUUCUCCCAAUCGCCCACCUCCCCAACCCUUCUCCUCAUCCCCAUACCGUGCAUCAACUCGCCGUGGCCCCCACAACAAUCUUUCGGAUCCAACUCGAACACCAAUCAUCCAAUCAUUCACACCUCCACCAUACGCAGCCGCACCUCGUCCAAUUAUGAGCGAUGCUUGCACCCAAACAUUUUCAACGGGUGACAUCGAAGUGCUCAAUGUAUUUUACGAGUAAAUAUCAGAAUGAAAUCUAAUCUAAAUUAUUUAUACUCUUGUUACUAAUUACCAAAGUUUAUUUUUCUUAUUUUUGAAUUUCGGGAAACCCUGUUCCAUCAAAUUCCCUUUUAGUAGUUUUUUUUUUAAUUUUACAAAAUUUUCUUUAAUAAUUAUUUCGGUGAAUAAUAAAAUUGUUACUUCUCUUUUAGCUAUUUUUUGCGAACAUCCUCAAGAAAAAUGCUCACUUGUCAGAAAAGUGCAUUUCCGCUCGAAAAACUUUGGCAAAAAAAGGCGAAGAAAAAAAACGUUGUUGCACCUCUUCAAAAUUCAAAUUUCAUUCAAGUAUUUGCGGCAUCCAGUAAGUGAAAAAAAAUGUCUUCACACGAGAUUUGCAAAAUUAGAUUCUUCUUCUCUUCUGGUUUCCCCUCUAGAACAUAGCCGAAUUUUUCACGCCCAAUUAUCCACCAAAAAAAACGAGAGAACCUAUACUUAUCCUCUUUUUUUCUGACUACUUAUCGAAAGUAGCCAGAAAUCCCGGUGGCACCAAAAAAAUAUAAUAAUAAUAUUGUGUCACACCCUUUUCUCACUCAUCCUCUCCUAUUCUCUUUUUUUUUUUCUAUUCAUGUUCAUUCAGUUGAAAGCCGAAAAUAGGCUUUGGUGUUAGUGUUAUUUGGUGAAGUGAGAAGAAAUUUCGAAAAAGAUUUGGUGUUUCUUUCGAGCAAAAAGUUUUCAUUCAUUUUGAAUGAAAUGUUUUGUCGCGCACUGAAGGUGUCAUCUUUUUAUUUUCGUUUGACAUGAAUUUUACGAUUUUUUUUUGAAAUUUCAAAUUUUCCUAAAUCUACAAAAAAAUUGGGCCAAAGUUCUUUCACUUUUAUGCUUCGCAUUCCAAAUUUAUGUAGAUAAAAUUUUCGCUCCAAGCUUUAACAAAUUCCAACAACAUUCCAAAAAGUCCUCGAAAAAUCUCAAAGCUCAAAGCGUUCAGCCGGAAAAUUUCAGGAACUUUUUUUUUUCAAAAAACAUGUGGAUUUUUUGUCACCCUUUCAUUAUUUUCUAUUUACAUGUUUUUCCUGUCAAUGGAGCGAACAUGCGCUUUUUUGUUUUUAUUUUUAGGAAAAUAGAUAAAUAUGAAUUUUACAACAAGUUUCAUUCAAAUUCAUGGAAAAACAACAAAAAAUAUGUGAAUCAAAAAUUUUCGAAAAACAAAAACGAGAAAAUAAAAGUAGAAAUGGAAGUGCGCCCCAUUGAUAAAAAUUGGAUGUCCGGAACUCUUUCAAAAAAAUGUGUGUGUUUUCUCUGUUUCUAUUUUUGUUUUCUUUUUUUUUUCUUUUUUCUCUGAUUCCAAAUUUUUCCAUGGAGCCUUUGUCUAGGGUCCGGGCUUGAAGCAUACAUCUCUAAUCAACCCGGGUUAUCCAUUUCCGCUUCUAAAUCGCCUACAUUUUCUAAAUCCAAAUUUUAACAUCUCAAAUUAUCUAUCUAUCCAUAAAAAUCCCAUCGGGAUUUGGAUUCGGACAGGAUUCCCGAAAAAGUCACUCAUUUUGUGUUGGUGUCUCUGGUGAACUGGCAAAUGAUUGAUGUACAUAUGUUUUGACUCGAUCCGUCACUUUUCGAUUAUUAUGCACUUGAUGUGAUGAUGAGCGCACUUUUUUUCGGAAACAGAAUUUUUUCCUUUUUUUGGAAAAAAAAACUCUGGUUAUUGUUGUUGUUUUCACUUUUACUACAACUAUUUUUUUUUUUCACAACAAAAAAAUUUGAAUAAAAUGUAUUUUUUCUUGACUUGACUCGCAGUAAAUCUAGUCAGGAAAUUCGAUAGAUAUCUCUUGAUUUUUCCCAGAUUUUUUUGUUGUUAGUCAACAAUCUAACAUAAGUUAGGCUAACUUCCAUUAGGUUUAUGAGUUUUUUGGCAACAUUUUCUUCACUCAUUGCUCCCCAGAGCCCCUCUGAAAACAGUUGAACAUAAACAAGACAAAACAAAGCAAAACUUGUGGUGUUUCUAGCAGAAGCUCAUCAAUCUUUCAUCAUCACUCUAUAGUGUUUUUUUGUCGGGGAAGGGGGAGAAAAUAGGAAGAUUGUUUUGGAAAAGGAUUUUUUGGGGGGAGUUGGCGGAACUCUUUUUUGGAAUUUUUUUUGUAGGUGUACUUUUUUAUUUUUGUGAGGUUUUCAAGGAUUUGAAAUUUUUUGGAGAAAAACAUUUGAGUUUUAUUUUCUGUAAAAAUGUUCCUAUUGCUCAUGUUAUUUCUAGAAAAAUAUUUUUCGAAAUUUUCAGAUUUCAUUUUGAAAAAUUGUUUUCUAUUGCUCAUGUUAUCUAAGCCUCUUGAAGUUGUCUUCAACAAAAUUUUCCAGCCCUCGAGUUUUUAAAGUGUUCGCUUUAAAAAAUUUUUUUUCAAAGGAAACAAUAAAUCCUUUUGUUUCUCAAAAGCGAACACUUUUUUGAAAUGUUUCCCUCGGUCAGAAAACGGCGAGGUCGCUACCGAUCUGGGCGGAGUCGCUACACGUUUGGGGCGACUGGCCCGAGGCACUUCGGGCGAGCCUCGGGCGACUCGCCCGAGCGUGUAGCGACUUGCCCCGUUUUCGCCCCGCUAUUCAGCAACUCGCCCGGAACACGCUACAUUCGCGGCAAGUUGCCCGGAACUCGCCGAUUUUGAGGCAAGCUUGGGGCGACUCGCCGCAAAACGAGUCUCGACAAAAAGUGUAGCGACUCGCCCCGAGCUAUGUCGUUUUUUGGCCGAGCCCUUUUUUUGGAAAAAUUGCAAUUUUUCUGCAUUUUGGAAAAAAUGUGACCUGAAAGUUUCAAAGCUCAAAAAAUCGUUCUCAAGGGCUUCUCAAGACGCUUGACCUUUUGGGGGUGGAUUUCAGAUUUUCAAAUUCCCAUAUUUUUACCGGUCCACCCAAAAAAAUCGUAAGUUCCUCGCCCUUGGGACCAAUUCAUCUUCCAUUGGUGUUUCCCACCAAUAUCUGUCCCAUACUUAUUUUCUUUUUUUUCUCAUAUUUUUUGCUGUGCUUUUUUUUCGUUCAGUUCAGUUGUUUUUUCCGGUUUUUGCUCACAACAUCUUGGAGCAAAAAAAAAAAUGAAAAAUGAAAUUUCUUCGCCUUUGAAAAAUUUGUGAAUGAAAAAAAAAUGAAAAAUGAGAAAAUAUAUGUGUAUACAACAAAUAUAGAAAGGUCUAAUCCAUCAGCUCCCACAAUUUUUCAAAAAACGGGAAAAAAUUGCCUGAUUUUUUUGGCGGUGAAAGAAAGAUGACUGGGAUUAUUUUCAUGUAUUUUUUGCUCAGUUUUCCUCUUCGGAAAAAUUUUUAACCAAAAAUUCUCUAUUUUUUUCAGAUUGA